AUGUUAUUACGAGAUCCAAAAAGUGUAGCAUAUCGUUAUCCUUAUCGUGUGCAAUUGCCCUCAUUUUUGCCUCAACAAAUACAGAUUCUAUAUAUGGGAUUAAGUGUUUUAGUUAUUGCUCUUCAAGUUGUUGCGACAGAUUAUCUAAGUAGUAAGGAGGUGUCAACUUCCGGUUAUGGUGUAAGCUGGUAUAAAUAUGAUCAACGUUUUCAAAAAUCACUUAUUAUUUUUCUGGCCAAUGCUCAGAGACCAUUCGUAUUUACAGCAGGUGGAUUUAUGAACCUUUCACUUCCUAGUUUUGCUGGUAUUAUAACGAAAUCGUAUUCGCUCAUCGCACUUCUACGUCAAGUAUAUGGAAGAUGA